GUGCUUACAGAGGUUUCCAUGGUAGCAGAACGACGCUGCGCUCCACGGAAGCUGAUGAGGCCCAAGACUGCUGGACAAUUGUGAUCACUGACUAGCAAUGGACAGAUACAAGGUGCUGGAAGAGUGGCCGCCUGGAGCAUUCGGAGUGACCUGUCUUGUGGAGGAGCCAGUCUCACAAAGACAAUUUGCUGUCAAAAAGGUGGAGUGCAUAGAUGAGCGGGAAUGCAAUCUUGCCCUAGAAGAGGCCCUGUCUCUCUUGGAGCUUCAACACCCCAAUAUCUGCCCAUAUAAAGAGUUUUUCAUGGUCUGGGACAAUAAGAGCUCCUCACUUUUUUUUUGCAUGGUGAUGGAUUACUGUGGUCAAGAUAAUCUAGCAGACAUUGUGCAACUGAACAGGCGAGAGCAAAAAAAGAUUGAAGACAAAAUUCUUCAGCGUUUUCUUGCUCAGGUCCUUGACGCUCUCUUUUACAUUCACCAAAAGGAUUUACCCCACAGAAACCUCAAACCCAGCAACAUCUACGUAAAAAACAAGGACACGUUUGUGAUAAGUGAUUUUCUUCAAGGAACGCUGGUGACAGAUGAGGCGAAGGCGAAGAUAAGAGUUGAUCCUGAGCAGAAGGUUUUCAUGGCCCCGGAAUCUGUCUAUUUUAUAUACAGCGAAAAGUCAGACAUUUGGUCUCUGGGAUGCAUUUUGUUGGACUUGAUGACGACCUCUGUAAAAUCUGAUCGAGACAUUACUGAUCUCCUGCAGAUGGUCAAAGUGAACUCCUCAUGUCUGGGCACAGUUUUUGAGGCACUUCAAGGGGUAGCUGGUUACACAGAGGAUCUUUACUGCCUGGUGCAAAAAAUGCUAAAAAAUCUCCCGGAAGAGAGAUCAUCAGCAAAAGAUUUGGUGAGUGAACCCUACAUCAAGAAAUGCUUGGCUAUGGUUGGCUCUCCUCUGUCUGGGGUGAAGAAGAUGCUACCACCUUCAGUUCUGGAUCAGCUCGAAGACAACAACCUAGAAAGCAUCCUGAAAUUCAUGCAGAAUCAUAUAGAGUUUGAAGAGGCACAAUUAUCAGCUCUAAGGUUGUUGGCUGGAUAUACCAAAGAUGGACUUCAGGGAGAGAUCGUACAGAUAGUCUCACAAGCUAUGACGACACACCGAGAUUCUUACAAUGUACAGUUCGAAGGCAUCAGAAUCCUAUGUCAUCUCCUUUCACAAGGGCGGGAACAAGGAGACAUCAAGGGAUACCUGACCAGUGACCAUUUCAUCAAUAUGCUAGUGGAGACGGUGAGGCUUUUCUCCCACGAAGCAGAGCUACUGUCUGAAAUUCUUGGUCUGAUGAUGAUGCUUGCAGUCAGUGAGAUAGCAGCAGAGAUGUUGGCGAAAGCGGGAUUCCUUCCAGAUCUGUUAAAGAUAACAGAGCAAUCGCUGGUAAACAGAGAGCUGUGUGUGUCCUGCUGUGCCCUGCUCUGGAGUCUGGCCAUGACUGAGAUGGCAUCAGGCGAUAGUGUGAAAAGAGCUGUGCCAUUAAUCUCCUCACUAAUCCAGAAACAUCCCAGCGAUGGGCAGUUGGUAGAAUCAGCGAGUCCAGUCCUGUGGAUUUUGUGCUUGAAAGGUCACGUGACAGAGGACCAAAUUGAACCUGUGACGCUAUUGCUUCUGGAAUGCCUACAUAGACACAUGGAGCGCCCUGUUCUGGCUAAAAAUGUUUGCUUGGCAUUGACGGGUCUAGUGAUAAACUCAGAAUUGGCCGCUUAUCGUGUCCUGGUGCCCCUAUCUGGGAAAAGUGGUCUCUCUCUGAUUAGGGACCUCUAUCUACUCCACUCUGAUGACCCAGAAAUUGUAGAGAAUAUCUGUCAACUCUUACAUGAGACGGCUAAUUAUGGAAGCACACAUUCCGGGUUACGCUCACAACACAUGGAGGAACUGUUGAGGGAAAUUAAAGAUCAAUAUGAAUCCGUGGAGGAGAUUGUAACACUGGCAGAAUCCACACUUUCCAGGAUAGAAAAUUAA